AUGAAUAUAUCCCUGUUGGAUAACACUUUCAGUUCUCAGCCAGGUCACAUAGGCAACUGCCUAUUUCGGCCUAAGCCUAUCAGGAUUUCAAAAUUUGCAGAUAAGAAUGUUUCCCUCAUGGGGGGUCUGAAUAUGGUAAAGAAGGGUUCGGAAGAUCUGGUAGAAAUUGAUUCGUCCACUUGUUACCAGUGUCUCGUGUUGAGGAAGAUCCCUUAUAAUAAUCUUCCGUCUAUUGGACGAGCCUUCAACAAAAAGAUUGACAAUUUUAUUCCAAUUGGGAAGGGGAGUGAAAAGGGAAAUGGCAAUCUAAUGCCAAUCGAUCCUAAUUACUACAGGAGUAAUGAAACUUUCGUUGCUAUGGACAGUUUCUACAAUAAAGCAAAUGAAGCUUAUAUGUCAGCAGGUCCUACUUAUGAUAAUGGGAGAAUAGAUAUUGCAUCUAUCACUUCAAUUCAAGGUCAGCAGGAUGCAACUGUUGCAUCACUAGGAACUGUUUACAGUAAAGGAAAUUCCAGUUUCCUAUCAAUGAGCCAAAGCCAUAAUAAGGGGAAUGACACCACUAUACCUUAUGGAGGCUUUCAUGAUAAUCUAUUAGCAAGCUAUCCCUCUUUCAUGCUCAUAAGCAACCGGAGUCCUUUACUAAAUCAUUCCUCAGCUCAACCUUCAGGAGCAUUACAACCGAAAGAUUUUGCAAAGUACCAAAAUAUAAAUUCUGUUUCAGCAUGUACUUCAUGGAGAGGAAGCGGCCCCAAGAAUAAGGAGAAGAAGACUAAUGUCCAUUCAAACAACUUCCCCUCAAACGUUAAAAUUUUGUUAUCAACUGGUAUAUUUGAAGGAGUUCCUGUGAAGUACGUUUCGUGGUCAAGGGAGAAAAAUCUUCCUGGAGCGGUAAAAGGGACUGGUUAUUUGUGUGGUUGCAAUGAUUGCAAACUUUCCAAAACCAAACACCCGAAUACUCACAUUUACUUUGAGAAUGGGAAGAGCAUUUAUGCUGUUGUCCAAGAACUGAAGAGUACCCCUCGGGACAUGCUAUUUGCGACAAUAGAAAAUGUGACUGGAUCUCUUGUAAACCAGAAAAAUUUGCAUACUUGGACAGCUGAUGUGCGUGCAGCUGGUGUACGUGACCUUACCUUAUUGGGAACAUUAGAUAUUGAUACUGAGCGCUGA